CUUAUGAUGGUGACUUCUGUUGUCAUUCUUCUAAAGGACUCUUUCCUCGUUAUUUCAGUAAUUAUAUGAGGUGUAGCACAAAGGCCCAGUGGAAAUGGAUUGACUAUACAAGAGUAUGAUCUGGGAAUAUGUUGGCUACCGCGCACUAGUGUAGAGUAAUAUCGGUGUCAUUAGUAGUCGUCGAGUCAAAAGUGUUUUAGCACAGUGGACAGUGGGAAUGUUUUCAGGGAAGUCCUCGCUGAGCGUCCUGACGGCCGAGCUCAACCUUCAUUUCAGUUUCAUUCCUGUAGUGGUACGGUGAUUGACACAGUUCCCCUUAUUGGACAGUACGUCGGGAAGCUGAGCAACCUGAUACUGGGCAAAUACUGUUGAGCAGGCAGCAGCCAACCCGGAUAUCAACAGUGACCAUGCUACCAGCCCCAGUAACCAGGAUGAUGGUAGGCUGAUAAAAUAAUGUCUGUAGCCGCCAAUGCCAACCACCUUCACCAGCUGAGUGUCACAGCUGUAAGUGGGGAAUUGUCUGGCAUAAGCAGCAUCUUCAAUAAACCAUCAGCAUAUGUGGAACUUCUGGUGGAUGGUGUGCAACAGAAGAAGACUCAGCACAUUAAACAUAAUGCUCAUCCAAAAUGGAAUGAAUCGUGCACAGUAUUGGUAACCAAAGACUCGGUACUGGUAUUUCGUGUCAGUGACCAUCACACACUGGUACGAGAUUCUUUGAUCGGGGAGGCUAUUCUUAACCUAGCUGAUGUUGUAGCUAAGAGUGAUGGCAAGUCUAGCUCCUCUCACACCCUUUCCCUCAGCCCACCAGCCAGUAAUGUACCAUCAGUUGUUUCACCAACUCCCACCAUAACUGUCUCACUUGAUGGUCUACGCACCUUUACUACUAGACAAAGAGAAACAAAUUAUAAUCUUCCAACAGUUGUAAAUGUUAGUGGUGGUAAUAUUAGUGGUGGGAACACUGUAACAGUUCGUGUAGGAGGCAAAACUCCCCCGCCAGUCCCACCUCCACCUCGGCAAAUUCAACCAGAUGCAAAUCCUAGAGAAAUAUUACCUGCGAUACCCUCGGCCAUUGGUCCAUCUUCUUCAGUGUCCACUAUCACCCACACUUCUGGAGUGCAAACCCCACAACCACAGCUUCCUGCAAUUAACAGUGAUGGCCAGUCUUCUUCCACCCAUCCAAGUGUGCGCCCAAGGAAAAGUGUUGUCAAUGGAUCAGCCGUUUUAGUCUUAGGAGGAGAGAGCCCUACUGAAGGCUGUGCGAGUCAAAAUGGAACUCCAAAUGGUACACCAAAUGGACCAAGUGUAACUACCAGAUCAUCGUCAUCUACUCCAACAGCUACCCCAGUCGUGCCUCAAGCCAGUCACCAGGCAACACAUCCCGCACUUCCCAGCAACAGCACCAUCAAUGGUCAGCUUCCUACAAGCACAGUCUCUUCAGCUUCCUCUUCGCCUGUGCCCAGACCCACUCCUCCUGUGGUUGCACCCAGAGCACCAAAUCGCCACCACCGAGCCCACAAAACUAAGCGUAACUCAGCAGAUGGUAGUAAUAGUGCAGCUCCAGCCAGUGGUGGUAGUGGAGGAAAUAGCAGUAAUGGGGCUGCCAGUUCAACGUCCAGUGGAGGAGGUAGUAACGCUACUAGUCAACCUAAUGCUGCAAGUGGUCAAGAAGACCCUCUUCCUCCAGGUUGGGAAAUGAGAUAUGAUCAUUAUGGGAGGCGCUAUUAUGUAGAUCAUACGACCCGUUCCACCACCUGGGAGAGACCAAAACCAUUACCUGUUGGUUGGGAGGCACGUAGAGAUCCUCGGGGACGAGUCUAUUAUGUUGAUCAUAAUACUCGGACUACCACCUGGCAACGACCAACUGUGGAAAAUAUUAGGCAAUAUGAAGAAUGGCAGGGUGAGCGGCAACACAUUGCCCAGUUGAGUUCUCAGCGAUUCCUUUACCCUAAUCAAAACCAAGAAACAGACAAUAAUGAUCCACUUGGACCCUUGCCAUCUGGAUGGGAAAAAAGACAGGAGCCAAAUGGAAGAAUCUACUUUGUUAAUCAUCGUAAUAGAACAACUCAGUGGGAUGAUCCACGAACUCAAGGGAUGGUCUUGGAAGAAGAAGCUCUUCCAGCUGGAUGGGAAAUGCGUCUCACAGAAGAUGGGCGGCAGUAUUUUGUUGAUCAUAAUACCCGACAAACAACUUUCCAAGAUCCCCGGCCUGGAGCUAAGCAAAUCAAUGCCAGCAGAGGGCAGUAUGGAAUUCCAAUGGUGUACGAACGAUCAUUCAGGUGGAAGUUAGGACAAUUCCGCUAUUUAUGUCAUAGUAAUGCCGUAACUGGUCAUAUCAAGAUAAGCGUAACUCGGCAGACGCUGUUUGAAGAUUCUUUCCAUCAGGUGAUGCGACUUCCAGCUUAUGAACUGAGGAGACGGCUCUUUAUUAUAUUUAGAGGAGAAGAUGGCUUGGAUUAUGGUGGCGUGGCAAGAGAAUGGUUCUUCCAGUUAUCCCAUGAAGUCCUCAAUCCUAUGUACUGCCUGUUUGAGUAUGCCAACAAGAAUAACUACUCGCUACAGAUCAACCCAGCCUCAGAAGUCAACCCUGAUCAUUUAACUUACUUCAAGUUCAUUGGUCGUUUUAUUGCAAUGGCUUUGUAUCAUGGAAAGUUUAUCUACUCAGGAUUUACCAUGCCAUUCUACAAACGCAUGCUCAAUAAGAAGUUGACCAUGAAGGACCUGGAAUCUAUUGAUCCAGAAUUUUAUAAUUCUCUCUGCUGGAUCAGAGAUAAUAACAUAGAGGAAUGCUGCCUUGAGAUGAAUUUCUGCACAGACUUUGAAGUGCUCGGUAAAAUAUCAGAGGUGGAAUUGAAGCCUGGAGGCAAGGAUAUCCAAGUUACUGAAGAAAAUAAAGAGGAAUACAUAGAGCUAAUGAUGCAGUGGCGACUGACACGCGGUCAAGAGGCUCAAACGCGACAUUUUUUGGAAGGCUUUUCAGAAGUGGUGCCUCUAGAAUGGUUAAAAUAUUUUGAUGAACGAGAGCUAGAACUGCUGCUGUGCGGUAUGCAAGAGAUUGACAUCAACGACUGGCAAAAGAAUACCAUUUACCGACACUACAAUAGGUCAUCUAAACAGAUCAUUUGGUUUUGGCAGUUUGUAAGAGAAAUUGAUAAUGAAAAGCGGGCAAGAUUACUACAGUUUGUGACUGGGACCUGUCGAGUACCAGUUGGAGGCUUUGCUGAACUUAUGGGAAGUAAUGGUCCACAAAAGUUCUGCAUAGAAAAGGUUGGGAAGGAGACGUGGCUGCCGCGGUCCCACACCUGCUUCAAUCGCCUCGACUUGCCUCCAUACAAGUCCUAUGAACAGUUAGUGGAGAAAUUGACAUUUGCUAUUGAGGAAACUGAAGGAUUUGGACAGGAAUAAAUUUGUACAGAGAGUUCUUGACCAAAUUCAAUAUAGUAACAGUAGAGUACUGUACAGUAUAUGUAAUAUUACAAGUGAAUUUUCAUAUAGAAAACAAAAUAUAUAUAUAUGUAUAUAUAUAUAUCAUGCACAUGUGCACACACAAAUACAAAUAUACAUAUAUAUGUAUAUAAACUACAUAUACAGUCAUUUGAUUACUUGAAAAAAAAUGCAUUAUAUUGACAUUGCUGUGCAUCUGUUUUGGUGAUAGUACGAGUAGCAGAAAAUUGCCAAGAAACAUUCUCCAGGUUGUGUUUUGCUGGCCAUAUUUGGGCUGCAGUGGUCAGCAUUGGCCAAUUCUUGUUUCUUGCCUUGGCUGAUCUUUUAUGAAAACAUUGUGGUACUUUAUUUUUAAGCAUACAGUAUUGCUGUCAGAUUUAUAUUUUGUGUGGUGUUUAUAUAUUUUGUAGAGUUUAUUUGAUUUUGCAAAACAGUGCUAAGUAAUUGGCCACAUAUAUUAUUUUGCAGUUAUAUUUAUUAUUAUUACCAGAAAAACUUCCUUAUCAGAUUGAAAAAUAAAAAAGUUAUUUGAUUAGAUUUCCUGCAGUAUAUGUUAAACUUCCAAUCUUCGUGAUCCUGAUGUUAUGCAAUGGGUAAAGCAGUGUUGAAAGUGAGCUGUCUUCACUGGGACAGUCAUAAUGUCUGCUGAUACACUGUAAUGGUCUGAAUGAUCUGUGCAAUCAAAAUAUUAAUCCAGAAGAUAUAUUAUCACUUGAGAGAAACGUCUUACUUUUUAAGAAGUCUUUAUUGUAGAUAACAUAUUACUUACAACAGAUUUCUGCAGAUCUAAAGAAAAACUAUUUUUGUUUAUCAUUAAACUUGAAGAAGACUUAUCUUGUGGGGAAAUUAGUCAAAUCAAGGCAUGCCCUUUUAUGUAUUCUUUCCAGGUUGUUAGUAGCCUCUGCCUUAAGUCAGUUGCUGUCAGUGGAAUCAUUCCUGUAAAGGCAUGUAUUGUCUCAUUAACACUGAUCUCUCUUGCUUUUAACAGCUAAAUUUUACUUGGCCUUGUGUAAAACUGUAUUAGAAGUAUGAAUGAAAAAAUGAAUAUUUGGAGUUAAUAUUGUAUGUCUGGUUUGACAGUUUGCAAGUUGACUUGCCAACAAUAUUUUUUAUCAACGUGAAAUUGCUACACAAGUCAGGUCAAACCUUAUCAUUGUACAGCAUUCUUGGCCUCAAAUAAAGUUCAUUGCCCUGGAAAGGUUUUGUAUGAACUUAAUUUACACUUAUAAAAUAUAAAGACAAAUAUGGCACUAAAACAUUUACAAUUUGAAAGAAACUUGAUUACUGUGUAUGACAAGCAUAUCUCUGCUUGUCAUAUAUAGUAACAAUAUAUAUAUAUAUAUAUUAUUGCUUGCUUGCUCUCUUUCCUCUCUAUAUAUCUAUCUAUCUCAUGCUCUCUUUCGUGGGUUCUGUCUUUCAUGCUCUCUCACAUGCUCUUUCUUGCACGUUCUCUCUUUCCCUUUCUCUUUAUCCAUGGGGUAUAAGCUGACAAAAACACAAGCAAGUGGUAAAUCUGUGAAUGUCACUUGUCGUUGACUUUGAGGAUAUGACUUGCCCCUACCAGCUGGUAUCCUAGCACUGGAUUAUAAUGUAGAUGAAUAUUGCAACAUGAUGUGUUCUAUGAUUUGCAGUAAGCAUACCUCUAAAGUGUCACAAUUAUUAGGUGUAAAGUCUCACUAGUUCAGAUUUUUAUGAUUACACUCGAUGAGAAGAGGAUCUUGUCAAUAUUGUUAACUCGGGUACCCAUGAAUGACGAAAACUACAAAUAAAAUGAUGUACGAAU